AUGGCUUCUACCACACGUUGUUCUUUCCAGUUUCUCAUCGCGUUAAUAGUCACCAUGAAAACUUUGGCAGUCAUUAAGCCGAUUAGCAUUAAACUGCAAAAGAAGUCCAAUGACAUUGUGAAAGCAUACUGUAUGAUAUCAGAGACCGAGAAAGAGUUGAACGAAUAGAGAGAAGAGGCUGAAGCUGUGUUCAAAAGAUGGUACUCUAAUGCUGUCGAGCUCAGUUCAGACCUAGGUACCGACCCCGGCGUUCCGAGAACAGCCUCAAGACAGCAGCACCGGGCAAAUGCACCCCAUGACACUCCUGAGGAAUAUUACCGUCGCAAUCUGUUUGUUCCUUUUCUUGACCAUAUUACACAAGAGAUGUCUUUAAGGUAAUAUGUUUUAAUCAGGUCUUCAUGACAUUUUAGAUACGUUGUUUGCAAAAUAAGACGACCUUCAGGACGGGUUUCCCUUUAAAGUGAUCAGAUUACAUAGCUGUUCCUUUACUCUUCUCCAGUUAUAACAGUCACACUACACAAAGUACAACAGAGUACAAAUACGCAAAUUCAGAUCAGUGGUUAUAUUUUGAAUUGUUCUAGAUUUGGUAAUACUCAGAAGACUGCUGUGCAGUUACUUGGUCUAGUUCCAAGCAUCACCGUGUCACGCACAGAUGCAAACAUUGAUGCGGUUUCAGAGAUGUACAGCUCAGACCUGCCAAACCCUCAAACUCUGGAUGUCGAGUACCAUUGA